AACUUGCACAGAAAAUUCAUCUGCGCCACCACCACCACCACCACUACCACCACCACCGCAAGCGCCACUACUACCUAUCCGUUCCCCGCCUACCAGCCAGCCUACCACGAGCAGCUAUGAGUUUGAAUAUCGACGAUGAUGAACCGCCCGCUUUGGUCGAGGUGGAUGAUGAAGAGCUGGCUACUCUCCAGGACAAGCUUCCUACUAGUGACGAGAAGGUCCCCAUUACUAUUGUCACUGGGUACCUGGGCUCCGGAAAAACCACUCUUAUGAACUACAUCCUGCAAGAACAGCACUCUAAGCGGAUAGCUGUCAUACUCAACGAGUUCGGAGACUCUUCGGAUAUAGAGAAGUCCCUGACAGUCCAACAAGAGGGCCAGCAGGUCGAGGAAUGGCUUGAGCUUGCGAAUGGCUGUAUCUGCUGCACCGUCAAAGACUCCGGCGUAACGGCCAUCGAGAACCUGAUGGAGCGUCGCGGACGCUUCGACUACAUCCUCCUCGAAACCACUGGCCUGGCCGACCCCGGCAACAUCGCGCCUCUGUUUUGGCUCGACGAAGGACUCGGCUCGAGUAUCUUUCUCGACGGCAUAGUGACCCUCGUCGACGCAUCCAACAUCCUGCGCAGCCUCGACGACAAAACACCGCUUGCCGACGACACGGAUCCGGAGAGCAAAGCGCAGCCGGAACAAGGCCUUACGUGUGCGCACCUGCAGAUAUCGCAUGCGGAUGUGGUGGUGGUAAAUAAACAGGACCUUGUCACCCCCGAGGAGCUGGAGAGGGUGAAGGAGAGGAUUCAGGCGAUUAAUGGGAUUGCGAAGAUUGCUGUUACGGAGCGCGGGAGGGUCCAAGAUCUUGAGACAUUCUUGCUGGAUUUGAGGGCGUAUGAGAAGGUCGAAGACUUGAAAGUGGGCGAGGGGAGCCGUUUGGACCCCACAAUCGCAACAAUCUCCAUCCCACUCCCAACCCUCAGCCAACAGCAAAUCGACAAUCUAGACUCCUGGCUACGCAGUGUUCUCUGGGAUGCCACUGUUCCCUGCUCCGGCAAUGACUACGGCAAUAUCGAUGUGCAUAGACUCAAGGGACGGGUUAUCCGCGAUGACAGGAAGUCGUUCCUCAUCCAGGGCGUUCGAGAGGUGUUCGAGAUCUUUAAUGAGCCGAACAACGGAGUGAAGGCUUCGGCUGGGAAGUUGGUGCUGAUUGGAAGGAAUUUGAGGAGCGAGCAGUUGACGAGGAGUGUUGAGGGGUUUGUGGUAGGGAAUGGAGCUGCGAGUAGCUGAAUUGGAAUAAACAACCGCGGAGAUCGUGAAUCUUAGGCCUGGCUGGACCCAACCGUACCGUA